AUGUCUAGCACUAAAUUAAGAAGAUUAAGCCAAUAAGAGGGGGAUGGAUCAAAAUUAAGAAGAUUUAAUGUCCUUUAUCCAAAAACCAUAAUAUAAUAACAUGUUUUGGAUAUUAAAAGGGAGAAAGAACGAAAAAAAUAAAAGAGAUUGGAAUUGCAAGAAUAAUAGUAAAUAUUAUUUGGUUUAUUAGGAAGAACACCAUUUUGUCGACCUGCAAAAAGAGCGUCGCGUCAACCAGUAAAUCUAAAUAGACGCAAAGAAGAUUAAUAAGUUCAAUGA